AUGGCGUCUCAGUUAAUUAGAGAAUGGACUGGAAUUCAGCAAUUCCCUCCUGCCACACAAACCAAAUUGCACGAACUGUUGGGAAAACUAAAGCAGGAGAAUGUGAGCACGUUGACAAUCCUUGUGAUGGGGAAAGGCGGUGUUGGAAAAUCCUCAACCGUGAACUCUAUCAUAGGGGAGAGAGCUGUAGCUGUCAGUGCUUUCCAGUCUGAAGGACCAAGACCUGUGAUGGUCUCACGCUCACGGGCUGGAUUUACGCUGAAUAUUAUUGACACUCCAGGGCUUGUUGAAGGAGGAUAUGUCAAUGAUCAGGCACUUGACAUCAUCAAAAGGUUCCUUUUGAACAAGACGAUAGAUGUUUUGCUUUAUGUGGACCGAUUGGAUGCAUAUAGGGUGGAUACCUUGGAUAGGCAGGUUGUCAAGGCUAUAACAGAUAGUUUCGGUAGAGAAAUAUGGCGUAGAGGGUUAGUUGUCCUGACACAUGCUCAACUCUCACCACCAGAUGGAUUGAGUUAUGAGGAGUUCUUCACAAGAAGAUCAGAGGCACUCUUAAAAAUUGUGCGUCUGGGAGCUCGGAUAAGGAAACAAGAUAUUCAGGGUUCGUCUAUUCCUGUUGUUCUAGUUGAGAACAGUGGGAGAUGUAAUAAGAAUGAAAGUGAUGAAAAGAUUCUUCCAGAUGGAACAACUUGGAUUCCCAAUUUGGUCAAAACAAUUACGGAUGCUGUUUCAAAUGGAAGCAAGGGUAUUUUGGUUGACAAAAAGUUGAUCGAAGGUCCAAACCCGAACGACAGAGGGAAAUUAUUGAUUCCUCUUAUUUUAGCAUUUCAGUAUUUCUUUGUCGUGAAACGGAUACAAAAAUGUAUCAUGGAUGAUAUUGCAAAAGAGGUUGAUUAUUACAGUUUUGCUAUUUCUACAGUAUGGAAAGUUGGAAGGCCAACUCUUCUUGAACCCAUAAAUGUUCUGAUAGGGGCUGGAGAGAUUCUGUUCCCCAGAACGACACUGCUAGCGAGAAACUACAUGGUUCUUAUAGAUGAUCUUGUUCUGGGUUUGACGUUUCCUACAUCUGGGGCUUUGUUUCCACCGCUUUCCACCCGAACGACCAAAAAAGAUUCUAACUCUUUUUCUGGGUUUCUUAAACUCUGUCCAUCAAUGCAUGAAAACGCCAUGUGGAGACUUCAAUCCGAUUGGCACUCUCCAACUCGCCUCACCACUCCCGUGGAUUACGACUUUCCGGGAGAUCGGUUUAUACCGAACAGGAGUUUGAUGGAUCUUGAUCAAGCCCACAGUUUAUUGACAAAUAGAACUAGUAAAGAAGAGAGCAAACCUAAAUUCAGUGUUGCUGAAUGUAUUUGGUUGUGGCUAGAAGAAUCUCUUGAAAUUAAUCAGUGGUUUCUAGGAUUUCGGGACGAAUAUCGACGCAAGUUGGAGGAGAAUCUGACCUUGGAUUCUGAAGGAAGACCAUUGCGGAUGCUGGUUUUUAGGGGAAGCCCCAAAUCAAGUAGAAAAUCAGGCCGUCUCAUUGAUGAAAUGCGACGCAGUGAUGAGGACCUUAAUAGUUACAAUAAUAAGCACAAACAACAUCGAAGCUUUCCAAAGAGAGAAACUCGGAUACUGGAUGCGCCAAAGAUAAAGGAUGAUUACUAUCUGAACAUCAUGGAUUGGGGGAAGAUCAACAUUGUUGCUAUUGCUCUAGGUUCAGAGUUAUACCUGUGGAAUGCUGAGAAUUCAAAGAUUCACAAAUUGUUGUCUGUAUUCCAAGGGGAUAACUACCCUACCAGUGUAGCAUGGUCAGAUGAUGCCAAAAUACUAGCAGCUGGACAUAUGUUCUCCCAAAUUCUGCUCUGGGAUGCUGAGACUGGCAAACUUGUCAGAAAUUUAGAUGGUCAUGAGAAAAGAGUAGGAACCAUCGCAUGGAAUGAUCACAUUCUGACAUCCGGGAGCCAUGACAAAUCCAUCAUCAAUCAUGAUGUUAGAGCAAGAAACAGUUUGACAUCUCGGUUAGAAGCACACUCCAAGGAAGUUUGUGGCUUGAAAUGGUCAAGGAGUGGCAAAAAAUUGGCCAGUGGUGGCGAUGACAAUGUCGUUCACAUUUGGGAUUCUCUCAAAAUGGGCUCAAACCAUUUUAUGCACCGGUUCAACAACCAUUGUGCUGCUGUCAAGGCUCUUUCAUGGUGCCCAUAUGACUCUGAUGUACUAGCUUCUGGAGGUGGCAUCGCAGAUGGGUGUAUUAAGUUAUGGAACACACAAAAGGGGACAUGCAUUAGCAGCGUCGACACCAAUGCUCAGGCAAGUCAGCUUGCUUUUUCAGUCUUUGAGAUAAUAAUAAUGCUAAAUGGGUGA